UCUGCCACCCCUGCAGAAAGCCUAAACAGAAAAACAAAAGGAGAGAGGAGAUUUAUUAACAGGAAGAGAAGAGAUCAGAAUGCCGGACUGGGGGAAAGGGAUCUUGCAGGGCAGACAUCAGAGAGGCAAAAACAAACUGGACAAGAGUCUGUGUGACUGGAUUUACAAGAUGUAAAGCGUUAUCAAGAGGAACUCACUGUACCCACAACAGCAGAGGACUUGUUGUGUUUCAAGGAUAGUGAAGGUGGAGAGGUGGAACGUGAGAAGCUCUCCUGUGGUUACGAGGAUGACAAAUUAGCCCUUAUUCAGCAAGGAGAAAGGGGAGCACUCUGAGGAUCAGGAGAUGCUGUCCACAGCUCAGCAGAUGCUGCAGGACAGCCGCUCCAAGAUUGAGCUGAUUCGAAUGCAGAUUAUCAAAGUCACCCAGACUGGUGUUGGUGAUGGCCACAGCACCCAUGACAGCUCCCAUCAUGGAGGACACUCCCCAGUGCCAGGCAGUCCCCUGGACAUUCGCCUGGCAGAGUUACAGAACCAUGUCCAGAGAGAGACAGAUGUGUUGGCGUUGGCCAGGGAUGUUGUGAAACAGCUGGAAGGGCUUUCAUCACAGGACCAACUGGCCCUGGCUGAGGCUCAGUCCCGUGUGCUGGAGUCCUCUCAGAAGAUGGACCUUCUGCGCUUCUCCUUGGAGAGAUGCCUGAAAGAGAUGUCCCAGGACCAUCUCCAGGAGCCUGUUAUUAAAGAGGGGCUCUCCACGGGAUCCUCUCCAUCUGAAGGUCAAAAGCAGAACCGCCUACUCUCGUUCCUCUCCACCCCCUCCUCCACAUCCUUCAUCAAGCCUGCUUGUCUAACAGGCACACUUGAGAUCAAGCUAAAUGGAUGUGAGGACUUACUGAUAUCUCUACCUGGCUUGGACAAAGUGAACAAUGCAUCCUUGACUGUAAAUAGCCAAUCAGAUCACAAUGUCCAAAGCGCUACCAACCAACCACCUUGUCUAAACACAGACAACCUAUCCAUGGAGGUCAGUGCUGUGCUGCGGCUGGACAACAGACUGGUGGGCCGCACCCACUGGAGACCCCAAGACAAGCAGGCCUGGAAGCAGAGUUUUCACAUCCAACUGGAGAGGUCUCGGGAGCUGGAAAUCGGGGUCUUCUGGCAAGACUGGAGAGGGAUGUGUGCUGUCAAGUUCCUGCGUCUAGAGGAGUUCAUGGACAACCAGCAACAUGCCCAGUGUUUAUGCCUGGACCCCCAGGGCACACUCUUCACAGAGAUCACAUUUAUCAACACAAUCAUUGAGCGCCAGCCCAAACUCAGACGGCAGAGGUGCAUCUUCACAAAAGAGAAAGGGAAGAACUUACUUCGUGCCGCCCAGAUGAACAUGAACUUUGCCACAUGGGGUCACCUGAUGAUGAGUGUGCUGCCUCAGUGCAGGUCUUUUACCACGAUGAGCUCAUCUGGGCCUCCAUCGUCUGACCCUGUGGCCGGCUCUCCCCCUUCCACAGACAAGGUCAUCCCAUUAACACCUCCACUGCCAGGUGAUGUACCAGUGAUCAGGCUUAACAUAAGUGAGGAUCAGUCAUCUAAAAUGUCUUGCAUUGACCAGGGAAAAACUGUCCCCAGCACUGUCUCCACAGCACAAACACCACCAAUGUCUAAACUGACAGAACAACAGCCCACCAUUGGAAACAACACACCAGAGAGCAGAGGAGAUGGAUCUGAUUCCAAGAUGAAGAUGGAGGAUUUCAAAUGCAUCUCUGUUUUGGGAAGAGGACACUUUGGGAAGGUACUUCUAGCUGAGUUUAAGAAAACAGGAACACUGUAUGCCAUAAAAGCAUUGAAGAAAAGGGAAAUUGUGACUCGUGAUGAAGUUGACAGUCUAAUGAGCGAGAGGAGGAUCUUUGAAAUGAGUCAUCCCUUUCUGGUGAAUCUGCAUGGCUGCUUCCAGACCAGUGAGCAUGUGUGCUUCGUCAUGGAGUACUCACCAGGAGGUGACCUAAUGAUCCACAUCCACAAUAAUGUCUUCUCUGAAGUUCAGGCUAGGUUUUACUCAGCCUGUGUUUUGUUGGGUCUAGAGUUCCUACAUCUGAAUAAAAUAGUUUAUAGAGAUUUGAAACUGGAUAACUUGCUGAUGGACGCUGAUGGGUUUAUCAAAAUCACAGACUUUGGACUUUGUAAAGAGGGAAUGGGCCAUGGUGACCGAACCUCAACAUUCUGUGGAACACCAGAAUUCCUGGCCCCUGAGGUCCUCACUGAUGACAACUACACACGGGCGGUGGACUGGUGGGGGAUGGGCGUCCUUAUCUUUGAGAUGCUCGUGGGAGAGUCUCCAUUCCCAGGUGAAGAUGAAGAGGAGGUUUUUGACAGCAUUGUUAAUGAUGAUGUACAGUAUCCUAGCUGCCUCUCUCCAGACUCAGCCUCCAUCAUCCAGAAGCUGCUCAAAAAGAACCCACUGAAAAGACUAGGAGGAGGAGAAGAGGAUGCAACUGAGGUUAAGGGGGAGAAAUUCUUCAAGACGAUAGACUGGGAUGCCUUGCUCGCGAAGAAAGUGAAACCCCCGUUCCUGCCAUUGAUCAAGGCGUCCAUGGACGUUAGCAACUUUGACAAGGAGUUCACAAAACUCCAGCCAGUCCUGUCUCCCCCUCCUGUGUCCUGCAGCCUCUCCUCAGAACAGCAGCAGGCCUUCGUAGACUUUGACUUCUCUACCCUGCAUGGAUGAGGAUGUCAGACACCAGGGAGACUGAAAGGUCAUCAAACUUCUGCAUGAGCUGUUCCGUAGCACACAACCAUUACUGAUAACAACUAAAUGCUCUGUGUUUGUAUUCAGGUAACAGACGAGGCAGACUGGCAGUCUUCAGAAGCCAUCAUCCCCAAAAACCAAACAGAGAAUACUUUCAGGAUUGUAACCCUUUAUAUUUGGAGCGAGUCGGGACAGCCUGACUCCGUGACUGUUCCAAUGUGCUAUAGUAUUUAAUGCUAUGGUAUUUAUUUUGGAAUGGAUUUUUGUCUAAUGACAAUGGAUACCAUCUACAAACACAAAAACAAUUGUUGGAAUCCAGGGACAGAAUCCAAGCAUGCUUUGUGGCCUUUGCUUAUGUUGCCAUUGCCUGAUAACAGUUUCCUUCUUAAGGUACAUGCUGCCAUUUCUAUGCAUCACUGUGAGAGGCUUUGCCCACUGCCUUGACAAAGCAAAUGAAAAAAGCUAUUUUAUUCCUGUUACAUCUCCUUUAUAUAAAUAUUGUUAAAUGUGAAGAUGCAAUGUCUAUACUUAUAUAUUUGUUCCAAUAACUUCCUCAAUGACAUUUGUGAAUUUAAGAUUUUCUUUAAAAAGUGCAUGGCACACUUAUGAAUUUGUGCACUUAGUCUAAGACUGUGUAGUCAUAAGCCACAAGAUAAGCCAUUUAUGAUACAGCCAUAAAUAUGAAUUAAAUAGUGCUUUGACUAUAGCAAUGCUUUCAAAGUUAUGCAAUAACAGUGAUAAUGUAAAGAAGCUUUUGUGUGUUUGUUUUGAAAUUCAACAGUUCAAUAUGGUUACUGUUGAUUACAAUGCAUUACAGUAUGAAUGUAUGUGGACUACCACAACCAGGAAUGUAUGUGUGUGACAGAAAUAUGUAUCCAUGAGAAUCAGAUGUAUGUCACUGUGUCCUAAAUCAAAAAUGUGACUUCAGUCUAUGUCUAGUUGUUUCAUUACCUCUAAACAAAGUUUGUACAUAUAAAUCUAUCAUCUUACCACCAAAUGUGGCAAAACACAUUCAAUAAAUAAAUAAUG